CCUAUUUCUACAGCAAAAUUACAUCAUUGAACUGAAAAUUCACGGCGCGAUAUUCAGCAGAGUAUGAUAAUUCGCAUCUCUGGCUCAUUUAAUCAUCUGUAUAAAUUUGACGUAACAUGGACGACAUCUUUCAUGUUCUCAUCUCUCUGGCCACAUGUAAAUACGCUUUGAACUAACUGGUGGGAGGAUCGACACCUCCCAAAGCAUCAUCGCCGUUGUUGUCGGCGGCGGCGGUGGCGUUGUAUCGCGCAUCUCAGUCAAAUUGCGAUCGUCGUGGCGUGAUCACAACGACGUCACAGUUGGUAUAUGGAACGCAAUCUAGGCGCGCGCGGUGCGACCUACGUACGAAAAUAGAUCUCAGCGAGAAGUAAGCAAAGACUGACGACUUGUUCUGAUUACGCGCCUUACGAUGUCAUUUUUUUAAACAGAAUUAAACAACUACUCAGUGCGUAGCAUUGGAUUGAAGAAAGAAGGAAGAAAAGAAAGGAUUUUCAGUAAUACUGGCGUCAUAUCAAGAACAUUAUCGUCUUGAAUGAUGAUGAAGCGAUUAAUGUUACUGGCUUUUUUAGCCGUAGUAUUAUGUUAUGAACCGUUCCAAGUGAUAUUUGAAUGGAAAACAAUUGACUUUCAAUGGCCAUCAAAUAAAGAACGACAAAAUGCUCUAACAAAUGGGGACUAUAUACAGGCGAACAACUUUAUUGUCACUGUGAAAUUCUGGAAGGAGAAAAUGUAUCUUACAAUACCACGAUGGAAAGACGGCGUACCAGUGACGUUGGGCGUUACUUGGGCGAAACCAGUUAACGGCGUGACGGAACCUAAACUAGAAGCCUUCCCCAAUUGGAGUAUGCAGAAGCUGGGUGACUGCGCGGCAUUCCAAUUAGUCCACAGCAUAGAGAUUGAUCCUAAGGGUCGCAUGUGGAUACUUGACACUGGCCGGUCUAUGUCCCUUAGGGAACCUAAAGUCGAUUGUUCGCCGCGUCUCGUUAUUCUGGACCUUGAAGAUAACAAUAAAAUUCUUCGUACUUAUGAAUUUCCUGAUCACGUAGCUCGUCGUACAAGCGCGUAUCUUAAUGACAUUGUUCUUGAUCACGAAGACGGCGGUAUGGCAUAUAUCACUGACAAUGGUGCUAUCGAUCCUGGCAUUAUUGUUUACUCUUUAAAGAAUAAUAACUCCUGGAAGAUUCGGCACAAGUCCAUGAGAGCGCAAGCAGAGGCAGUUGGGUUUAUGGUAGCAAACACACAUGUAAUCAAUCCAGUACAUGUAGAUGGCAUAGCACUCUCACCAGCAAGCAGUCGUGACAGACAAGUUUAUUAUUCACCUUUGUCUUCUUUCUCUUUGUACUCGAUCCCGGUAUCCGUUUUGAAGAACAAUGUGACAAAUGUUGACCAAUACGUUAAAGAACAUGGGCAAAAGUCCUCACAGACAGAUGGUAUGCUAAUGUCAUCUACUGGUAUACUUUACUUUGGUCUAUUAGGUGACGAUGCCAUCGCCAUGUGGGAUACCAAAAAUACACAAUCCUUUGCCGUUGGUCAGCGAAUUAUAUCACGUGAUCACGUGCUAACGCAGUGGCCUGAUAGUUUUGCUUUUGAUGAAGCCGGUAAUCUUUGGUGUGUCACCAAUAUGUUACAAAAUUUCUUAAACAAUCGCGUUGAUAUCAACAUGCCUAAUUAUCGUCUCAUACGAACACACAUUGGCGUUAAGAAUUAUCAAUUCUACGAAAAUGGCACAGCACCUGAAUUACCAGAUUUCAAUGCUGGUGCCGAUUCCAUUAAACUUGUAUUUGCCACAUUAUUGCCUACCAUUUUGAUACUUGUCGCGAAGUAAGCAUUUUAAAACAAAAAUUUUCUUAAAGAUACGUACGUUGUGUAUAUGAAGAAAUGAGAAGAUUUAUGAAUUUACGAAACAGUUUAUUAUAUUCAUCAAAUUUUAUUAUUGAUUUACUUUUCUUUUCUUAUUUAUAUUGAUAAUUUACAAUUAAAUCGUCAAUUAAAUUUGAUGUUUGUCGUUCAUGAAUGAAAAUGCCUGGUACUGCAUAUAUACAUAAUAAUAUUGCUCUGUUAUAUUUAUUAUAAUUACUAGCUUAAAAUAAAAUGCGAGAAAAGACGGCAAAUAAUAUAUUAAUUAACAUAUAACCACAAAUAGAUUCACAUACAGAGUGAACAUGCAGAGUGAACAAUAAAUGCAUUACAUUCCGCAUUAAUAUUAUGCAUUAACUUUCCUUGAUUUGCUUGAUAAAUUAAUUGAUUCAAAACGUGAAUUAGAUAGUGACGAA